AGUUACGAGCACCUGACCAGUCGACACGUCUGCACAGAAUGCAGUCGCCGGAGGGUUUUAGGUUAGUGCGCGCCCGGGCGUCGGACCGCGACCGCGUGGAGCGGCUGGCGAGGAGCGCCUUCUACCCGGACGAGCCGCUCGACGUGGCGUUCGGCAACACCAGAGGACCACCCACCGAGGAGAUGCUCUUCCUGUCGGCGCUCGGCGACGGCCACUCGAUAAUCGCGGAGGAUGCCAGCACAGGGGAGGCCGUGGGCAUGUGCAUCAACAGCAUCGUGACGCCCGAGAUACACGAGAAGGAGGCGCAGCUGCAGGUGCGCGAUGAGAAGCUACGGGCGGUGCUGCGCGUGGUAGAUGCGGCGUUGGCAGAGGCGGACGUGUGGUCGCAUACGACUGCUCGGAGCGCGCUCGAGGUGCACAUCCUGGCCGUGGCGAGUUCUGCGCGCGGCCGCGGUCUGGCGGCGGCGCUGCUGGCGGAGUCGCUGCGGAUGGCCAAGGAGGAGCUGCGGCUGCCGUUGGUGAUGAUCUUCUGCACCAGUGCCUUCUCCGCGAGGCUGGCGCGCCGCGCGGGCAUGCAAGUCGUCUACGAGCUGCCGUACAGCGAGAUUGACCUGCCUGAGCAGCCCCCACACCCACACGACAGACUCGCCAUUUACAUGCUGCACCUCCAACAAUAGCAGGAACUGCGAAGCUGCAAUUAUUACCUUAGGGUGGAUAACGACGGACUGGUAUUAUCAUCUCCAUCGAUGUUCGAAGUAGCAUGAAGAUACGAAAUGCACAUGAGCGAAGGAUACUUGCUGUUACAACGCUUUUUGAAAGACAGGUUCCCUCGCAGCAUCAAUAUACACAUUAUGUUCGUCAUUUUUCAGAGAGAUAAUUUCUGUGUAAUAAAUACAGGCAAUAAUGCAGGCAUAAACAAAACUGUGACAAGAAA